CUUAUAAGCAGCUACGGUAUUAAGGAACUGUUUCUUUAGAAAGCAGGAAGCAGUGGGUCAUAUAAACCACAGCCAGGCGGUGUGUUAUUGCCAUUUGGAUGUGAAAAUAGGGAUCUCUCUCUGUCUUACUGCGCUGCCCACAACAAGGUAGCAACUUUGACACCAUGGGCACACUUGGUGAUAUGUUGGUUCUAGUAGACUUUAAAGGACAACUUGAUGAUGAGUUAAAAAUAAAAGCUGGAGAUGUCAUACAGAAUGUGAAGAAAACAGCAGAGGAAGGCUGGCUAGAAGGGGAGCUCAAGGGGAAGAGGGGAUUCUUUCCCCAAAUGUUUGUGAAGGAAAUUCCUCCAUUUUUCCUAAAUGACAGCGCACAGAGGUACCCAAGGUCGAUCAGGAAACCUAAUGCAUCCAUGGUACCUCAAAUUCCCCAGGAGGGGCCCCCAGAAAAACAGACACCCAUUGAUGAUGGUUAUGCUCGUGUAAAUAAAAAGAAACGUUGGUGCAGAGUGGAGUAUGCCUACAAAGCGAGCAGUGCUGAUGAACUUGAGCUCUCUGUUGGGGAAGUUUUUCAAGUAUUAGAAGAGAUUGAAGAUGGCUGGUGGUUAGGCAAGAAAGGAGAAGCGGUUGGUGCUUUUCCAUCUAACUUUGUAAAAGAAGUCCCAGAGCCUCCUUCUGAAAAAAUACCAGAACUUUCGAAAAAUGCCAAAAAGAGGCCAGCCAUGAUGGACAUUAACUUCUCAGCUAAAGAAGAAGAGAAGUCCAAGCAAGAGGAUAAAUCAGUACCGGAGAACCAAAGCAAAGAAGACUCUUCACCUCCUCAUGCCAAAGAGUAUUGUAGGGUCAUGUUUGACUAUAAACCUUUUCUGCCUGAUGAACUUGCGUUAAAAAAGGGUGAUGUGAUACUGCUUAUAAGCAAGGAGACGGGAGAUGAAGGUUGGUGGCAAGGAGAACAUAAUGGGAAAACUGGGCUGUUUCCAGACAACUUUGUCUUAAUAAUUCCUCCAGACAUGCAAAUUAAAACCAACAAACUUCCAACUCGAACUUCAACUAUAAAGAGUCCAGUGACUAAAUCAGACCUUAAUAUUAUGGAUAAAAAGCCCCAUGAAGUCAAGAAGCCAGCUGCAGAAGUCAACAAGCAUGAACCCACAACAACCAAGAAAGGGCAACGUGAACCAAAGACUGACCUUUCUCCUAAAGUGACUAAUCAACCAGGAAAAAAGGCAGCUCCUCCCCCUCCAGUGCCAAAAUCGGCCAAACAUAAUACUGGUCCUCUCAACAAGCCCAGCACUGAAGCAGGAGAAGAUGUGAACCAUAGUUCUAAGGAGUCAAAUACUUUAGAUGGACUCAGGGUGUCCUCCAUGAAGCUAGCACAUCCUACUGCAGACAGACCAAAGAUGAUGGGCAAAAGACUACCUAAGGGGAAGGUGACAUCUCCUGAAAAGCCUAUAUCUGAAUCAGAUGAUAAAAAGAAUGAAGAACAGGUGAAUUCUCACAGCAAAGUAUCCUCAGCCCCAAAGGAUCCAAGGAUACCCACCACCCCAAGCCCAUCACCCUCACCAACUAAGACAAGCCCACUGUCUCCUUUAGCCACUUCAACAGUGAAGCAAAGCCAGAAGACUGCUGAUAAUCAUGCUUCUUCCGUGCAGAGUUUACAAGAAGAUCUUGCAGCAGAGAUCGCAUCAAUCAAAUUCAUGAUGGAACUCUUGAGAAACAAACAUACAAAAGAUAUGGAAGAUAUCAGAUCUGAGUUAAAUGAAGAGAGAACCAAACGCCUAGCACUCCAGAUGGAGGUUGAGCACCUGAAGAAUCUGUCUUCAGCGUAGGUCAUUGCGAGUUCUAAAACUGCCCUGCUCCUUGAGCAAAUAGAACUUGUGUAACUGGUCCAGUAAUUAAAAGGAUACAGAUUUGGAAGAAGCCUAAUCCCGCUGGUGACUUAAUUUACAGACACUACCCAGUUUUACACUGAGAUUUUACUCAUGUUGUGUAGCAACACUGAAGAGUCUUUUACCCAAUUGUCUGCCUCUCUCUGGAUUUUUUUGUUUUCUCAUAAGCCUACUUAUAUUCAUUUUCUAACUGCUUUGGCAUCUUUUGCACAUAUGUAUGAUCAGAGGUAAUUUGGUGGAACAUAUAUAAUCAUGUCAUUCCAAUAGCAGAGGCAGUUGUUGAAACGAUAGUUGGGACAAUAAUGGGGUCCAUACAAGUGUGCCAUUCCUACUUUGUUAUUUUGCAUCUCUUGAAUUAACAUGGUAAAAUCCAUUUAUAAACACUGCCUGAUCGCAUGUACAUUUAUGCUGUCACUGUCAGGAUUGCACACACAUUGAACGAUGGGCCUUCAAAAGGUCUCACAAAACUGAUAGAUAGAUGCUCUGACAUCUAUCAAGGUCCUGAACCCUAAAGCCACAAGCAUAAUGUACUGUGUCUAGCCUAUGUCCUAAGGACAUUAUUUGCCAAUGUUUGUAACCAGCAUAGAUAUCAACCUGAUAAACUCUGCAUCUUGAAUAAUAUAUAGAACUGUAUGUACCAGCACUGCCUUCUAUGCAGAGCUCACAGCAAAGUUAAGUUAUAAUUAGAAAAAGUUGCAUAUAUUUUCUUAAAUAUUUAUAUACAUGGGACCAAUUCAGUGCCAAACCUCUUCUAGCAUUGAAAUGACAUAUGGGAAGUCAUAUUUUUUAAUCAGGGUGGGUUAUCAUUUAAUAGCUGUCUUUUUUCUAUAUAAUUUGUGCAAUGUUUUUAAUAAAUAUGCAUAUUUAUUCA